AUGAUACCCAGCUACAGAACAUACGAAAUAUUGGCAUCAUUGCUCAUGUUGAUGCUUGGUGUGACGCAACGAGUCGGAGAUGUCGACUCUGGAAAUACGGUGACAGACUUUCUCGACUUGGAGAGAGAACGAGGCAUCACCAUUCAAUCAGCAGCCAUCACAUUCAACUGGCCUCUUCACCAAUCACUUGCUCCUGGUGAACAUGCAAAGACAAUCAAUCUCAUCGAUACACCCGGUCAUCAAGACUUUCGUUUCGAGGUCGAUCGCUGUCUUCCCAUUCUCGAUGGAGCAGUCUGCAUUAUCGAUUCAGUCAAGGGCGUUGAAGCCCACACAGAACGAGUAUGGGGAUCUGCCCACGAGUUUAGAGUACCACGUAUUGUGUAUUGCAACAAGCUCGAUCGAGAGGGUGCUUCUUUCAAAAAGGCUGUUCUCGAGAUCGGAACGCGUCUCAAAGGCUGGCCACUUGUCUGCCAAAUUCCUUGGUGGGAGAAGGAAGACUUUGUUGGUGUAAUUGAUAUCGUCAACCGAGUGGGAUAUCGAUGGAAGUCUGAGCGUGAGAAAACUGUCUACAACACUGCACAGCUGAAAGAGAAGCUUUCAAGUUCCAACAAAGACCUUCUUCCUGAGAUUGAGACUGCACGACAGGCUUUAGUCGAAGGCCUUGCGGAUUUAGACGAUGCUAUCAUGGACGAAUUUCUCGCCGAAAAUGAAAACAUCGAUGCGGCUGUGAUCAAGCAGGCUAUCCGAAGAGUCAUCCGAGAAGGUGAUGGGCGUGUCAUUCCUGUAUUUGCAGGUUCCAGUUUCCGUCACAUCGGCGUUGAGCCAUUGAUGGAUGCCAUCACAGAUUAUCUACCAAGUCCGGAUGAGCGCCCAUCUGCAGAGGUUCGCGUUGGUUCAACAAAACAACGCUUGAUCGAAGUGCUCGACAACAGUCCCAAGUCCGCGAGAGGACAAGUCUCUUCAAUCGCUUCAGUCUUUAAGGUCUUUAACCAUCCCAAGGAGGGUGUAAUCAGUUUUGUGCGAGUUUACCACGGCACUCUUACCAGAAACGCAGCAAGUUUCAACACCAACAUUUUAGCAAAUGAAAAGCCUAUGGGAAUUCUUCAAAUCUCUGCAAGCCAAACACAAGAUAUUCAAACAUUAGGGGUCGGUCAAAUCGGAGCUUUGAGAGGUUUGAAGAAAGCUCGAACUGGUGACACGCUCAUCACGAUGAACGGAAACAAACCUAUUCCUGAAUCUUUCCGUCAUGUCAAGAUUCGGCCACCUGAGAUUCCACCACCAGUGGCUUUCUUGCAGGUCGACCCCUACGGCAACGUUGCCGCCCAACAACUUCAGAUCGCGCUAGAGAACACUACAAGAGAGGAUCCCAGUCUACGAUACAGUCGGGACCCCAAGACUGAGCAGUUCACCAUCCAAGGUAUGGGCAAGCUGCAUCUUGACGUUUCACUUUACAACAUGAAGCAAAAGUACAAGAUCGAUGCCGACUUUGGUCCUAUCGAGGUAGAUUACAAGGAAUGUGUCACAGAGCCUACGCGGCCUCAGCACGUCGUCUUUGACCGUCCCGUCGCGAGCAAGCCCGGCAAAGUGUCGUGUAGCGUUACUCUGGAACCACUUGAGGAACACCACCGAGAAACAUUACUGGAGUCUAGUGUUGAACGCGACGGGAACAUAUACCACGUCGUGAUUCCUUUGGCAGAAGGCGCUGCCACUCUGAACUUUGACCCGGAGGAAGCGAGGGCGCAGCUCCUCAACGGCGCUAUUGCAGGUCUCGCGAGGGGUCCUCGUCGUGCAGCUCCCGUUCACGGGUGCAAUGUAACCAUCACACUAGACACGGAACCCGGAGCCUGCGAAACUCCCACCGGCGGGCAUUUCAGCAGUGCCUCCAGGUCGGCAGUGCAGGCUUCUCUACGCGAUGCUUUUGAGAAGGAGCAGAUCGGCGUGCUGGAACCCAUUAUGCUUGUCAACAUUACCUGUCCGGAGGUUGUAGCCGGUGCGGUGCAGCACGACGUCACAGCUGGUGCCGGUGGUCAAGUGCUGGAGGUCAACGAUAGAUCCGCCGAGUCUACAGGUGAAGACCACAUUGAUGUGUCCAAGAUCUAUACUCCUCCUGACCCGUACGACUCUAUUACUUCGCUGCGUGGUAAGAAGUCUACGGCUCGUGUGGUUGAGAUUAUUGCCAAGGUUCCGUACAAGGAGAUGUUGGAUUAUGAUAAUCAUUUGAGAAGCAAGACUGCAGGUCGGCACUCGAUGACCAUGUUCUUUGACUCUUUUGCCAAGGUUGUUGGACAUCGUGAGAAGAGCUUGUAG